GUGAACAUUCAUUUACUGCCUGCACUCAGGGACCAACACAACACUGGAGAAAGUAAUAUUGAGACCAACAUGUACCGUCAACAACAGUUCCAGUGGGCUGAGGAUGACUUUGACCUCCCUGAGGGAGUAGGUCGACUGGACCUCUCGGCGCCAAUUGAUGGUAAAAAGUACAUCAUGUACCACGGCACCACCAGUACAAAUGCUGCAGCCAUCAAGCAGUCAGGUUUUCAGCAGUCUAAAGACGGGAUGCUUGGCCCAGGCGUCUACCUCAGCAGAGAUCUGAAGAAAGCUAGCCGCUAUCCCAUUGGUCACCCUGAGAAUGACAGAGUCGUCGUUGUGGUGUUGGUCAGCGUGGGGAAAGUGAUCGCCAUCAAUUAUCAGGGCCACCCACUUCAGAAGACCUGGCAUUACAGUGGAUACGACACCGCCUGGGUACCUCCCAAUUGUGGAAUGGUGCAAAGCGGUUUGGAGGAGGAUUGUGUCUGGGAUCCCACUCGAAUCAAACGCUUUUUUACAAUCAAACCACGUCCAGUCCAACCUGGAUAUGGUGCACAGGGCUACAUAUGUGACCAGCAAUCGCAGUUCCAGUGUGCUGAGGAACCCUUUACUCUGCCCAUGGAAGUAGGCCGACUGGGCCUCUCAGAGCAAGUUGAAGGUAAAAAUUGCGUCAUGUACCACGGCACCAACAGUGCAAAUGCUGCAUCCAUCCUGGCCUCAGGUUUUCGCCGGUCUUCAGUCGGGAUGCUUGGCCCAGGCGUCUACCUCAGCAGAGAUCUGAAGAAAGCGCGCUACUAUCCCAAUGGUCACCCUGACAAUGAUAAAGUUGUUAUCAAGGUCUUGGUUGACGUGGGGAGAGUGAUUACCAUCGAUAAUAUGGACCACCCACGUCGGAAGACCUGGCAGGACCCCAAAUACGGCCCGGUGUUCGACACUGCCUGGAUACCUCCAGGGUGUGGAUUGGUGAGGGAGGUGGAUUGUGUCUGGGAUCCCAAUCGAAUCACAAUCCUUCAUAUAAUCGAACCUAAUAUUGAGACCAACAUGCCCCGUAAAAAAAAGUUCCAGUGCGCUGAGAAUUACUUUGACCUGCCUGAGGGGGUAAGUCAACUGGGCUUCUCAGGAGAUGAUGCGCCAGAUGAUGGUAAAAAGUGCGUCAUGUACCACGGCACCUCCAGUGCAAAUGCUGCAGCCAUCCUGAGAUAUGGUUUUCGCUGGUCUAGAGACGGGAUGCUUGGCCCAGGCGUCUACCUCAGCAGAGAUGUGAAGAAAGCUAGCUACUAUCCCAAUCGUCACCCUGAGUAUGACAAAGUCGUUAUUAAGGUCUUGGUUGAUGUGGGGAGAGUGAUCACCAUCACUUAUAUGGACCACCCAUGUCGGAAGACCUGGCACCACCGCAGGUUCGGCCGAGUGUUCGACACCGCCUGGAUACCUCCCGGGUGUGGAUUGGUGAGGGAGGUGGUUUGUGUCUGGGAUCCCAAUAGAAUCACAAUCCUUGGUAUACUCAAACCACGUCCAGUCCCACCUGGAUAUAUCAUCCCACCACAACGCGUCCCAACUGGACACAGACAUGGAUAUGGAAAUGGAUACGGAUAUGGUCAUGGAUAUGGAUAUGGUCAUGGAUAUGGUCAUGGUCAUGGUCAUGGUCAUGGAUAUGGAUAUGGUCAUGGAUAUGGUCAUGGUCAUGGUCAUGGUCAGGGAUAUGGAUAUGGAUAUGGAUAUGGAUGUGGUCCACAAGGCUACAUUGAUACUGAGACCAUGUACCAGCAAACACAGUUCCAGUGGGCUGAGGAUGACUUUACUCUGCCUGAGGGGGUAGGUCGACUAGGCCUCUCAGCACCAGAUGUUGAUAAGGAGUAUGUCAUGUACCAUGGCACCACCAGGGAGAAUGCUGUAGCCAUCCUGCGCUCAGGUUUUCGCCGGUCUGCAGACGGGAUGCUUGGCCCAGGCGUCUACCUCAGCAGAGAUCUCAAUAAAGCUAGCCGCUAUCCCAUCAAUCACCCUGAUUAUGACAAAGUCGUCAUUGUGGUGUCAGUCAACGUGGGGAAAGUAAUCGCCAUCAAUAAGCAGGACCACCCACUUCUGAAGACCUGGCAUUCCUUUGAAUACGAUACCGCCUGGGUACCUCCCAAUUGUGGAAUGGUGCCAAGCGGUUUGGAAGAGGAUUGUGUCUGGGAUCCCAAUCAAAUCACAAUCCUUCGUAUCAUCCAACCACAACCAACCCAACCUGGAUAUGGAUAUACCAUGCAACUGCAACCAGUUCCACCUGGAUAUGGAUAUAACAUGCAACCACAACCAUUUCAACCUGGAUAUGGAUAUAACAUGCAACCACAACCAUUUCAACCUGGAUAUGGAUAUAACAUGCAACCACAACCAUUUCAACCUGGAUAUGGAUAUAACAUGCAACCACAACCAUUUCAACCUGGAUAUGGAUAUAACAUGCAACCACAACCAUUUCAACCUGGAUAUGGAUAUAACAUGCAACCACAACCACCGCAACCUGGAUAUGGAUAUACCAUGCAACAGCAACUAUUUCCACCUGGAUAUCGAUACGGUCCACAGGGCUACAUGUGA